GAUCUGGUGGCUGCUACCCGUGAUCGGAAGCUGAAUACGUUCGUACAAGUCUCGGUGGUGCACCCAGCAGAGCACGUUUUGACGAGGUAUUCAAGCACUGAAAUCGUGGAGGGUACAAGAGAUCCACUGUUUUUGACUGGUGUGACAUUCCCACCGGAAUAUCCCAUCUAUGAAGAGACUAAAAUAAAACUAACAGUCUAUGAUGUCAAAGAUAAAUCUCAAGACACAAGAAGCUUCCUGGGUUGUACAACUUUUAGAGUGGGAGACUUGGUAAAGUCAAAGGAACAGCAGCUGACUCUCACCCUCAGGACUUCUGAUGGUGGAAAGACAGUUGGUACCAUUGAAGUCAAUCUUGUCAAGAUGGGAGAGCUAGAGGAUAGGGAAACUGAUCACAUCACAACAGACACCCAGGAUCAAAAGUGUGCAUUGGUUCGUGAAUGUACAGCCACUGAAGGCAUAAGUGGUAAAGACAGCUUGCCUUCCUUAAAUGCAGUGUUAAAAAACCCAAUUUGUAAGUUAUAUAGAUUUCCUACUUCAGACAACAAGUGGAUGAGGAUCCGGGAACAGAUGGCUGAGACAACCCUUUCUUUCCAUGUUCCUAAAGAACUGAUCAAUCUGCACAUAAAGGAGGACAUGAGAAGGAAUCAAGAACUUAAAGACUUGGGAGAACUUGCUCCUCACUGGGACAACAUGCGCAAAAGUGUCAUUGCUCACUGUGAUCAGAUGUUGAGCCUGUACCAGGAUACUCUUGCAGAGCUUGGGAAGCAUACAGGUUCCUCCUUCAAAUCAAGCUGUAGCAAAGGAGAAAAAACAUUGGAGUUCAUCCCAAUAAAUCUUCAUCUGCAAAGAAUGCAUGUGCAUAGUCCUCGAUUGAAAGAUGCUCUGUAUGAUGUUAUCACUGUGGGAGCCCCAGCAGCACACUUUCAAGGAUUUAAGAAUGGUGGUCUCCGAAAAUUGCUGAGUAAAUUUGAGGCAGAAAGACGAAAUACUGGAUACCAAUGUAUUUAUUAUUCACCUGAAAACACAGCCAAAGCAAAAGAAGUUCUCAGCAACAUCAAUCAUCUACAACCGCUCAUAUCAAGCCAUGCAGACCUGCUGCUUAAUUCUGCAAGCCAGCAUUCUCCAGACAGCUUGAAGAAUUCUUUAAAGAUGCUUUCAGAAAAAACAGAGUUAUUUGUGCAUGCCUUUAAGGAUCAGCUGGUCAGAAGUGCCCUUUUAGCACUAUACACAGCCAGACCUGGCUGUGUCCUCAAGAAACCAGCUGUGCCUAGGAGCAGUGCAGAAGAGGGGGGUGAUUUACAGCAUCAGGAUCAUCCUUCUCAGGUUAAAAGACAGGACUCUAUACCCCAUCAUUCUGAGUAUGAUGAGGAAGAGUGGGACAGAGUGUGGGCCAAUGUGGGGAAGAGUUUAAACUGUGUUAUUGCCAUGGUGGACAGACUGCUUGAAAAAGACAACACCAGCGAUGUUAAAGAGGGUGAGAAGGAGCCUCCAGCAGCAGAUUGCAAGGUGUUGCCUACAGGACCUCAAAGUGACUGGUAUGAACAGCUUUAUCCCCUGGUGAUUACGCUGAAGGACUGCAUGGGAGAGGUGGUGACCAGGGCGAAGCAAUCGAUGGCGUUUGUUCUGCUCCAGGAACUUGCCUGUGGUUUGCCACAGUGUUUGAUGCUGACCCUAAGAAGAGACAUCGUCUUUAGUCAAGCACUUGCUGGAUUGGUCUGUGGGUUCAUAAUCAAACUGCACACAGGCUUACGUGAUCAAGGAUUUUUACAACAGCUUCAUACUGUUGGAUUGCUUGUGCAAUAUGAAGGACUCCUUAGUACAUAUAGUGAAGAAGCAGGGAUGCUGGAAGAUAUGGCUGUGGGAAUCUCAGAUUUGCAGAAAGUAAUGUUUAAAGUCAUUGAAGCCAAAUCAGAAGAUUUUUUACCUAUUAUAACGGGAAGGCGUGAGCAUUAUAUUAUAGAGGUCCAACUUCCAGCAAAAAUGUUUGAGCUGCUGCCACAAGAGAUUAAAGAAGGAAAGCUACUUCGUAUGUAUCCAGUACUCUUUAAUGUUGGAAUCAAUGAACAGCAAACACUUGCAGAAAGGUUUGGAGAUACCACUUUGCAAGAAAACAUUAACCAAGAAAACUUGGAACUCCUAAAAGAAUAUUACAAGCUGUUUACGGAAAAAAUGCCUCCUGAUUGUCUGCCACAUUUUCAAGAACAAAAUGAUUUAAAGGGAUUGCUAGAAAAUCUCCAUCAAAAUAUCCAGGCCAAAAAGAGAAAGAAUGUAGAAAUCAUGUGGCUGGCUGCAACGAUUUGCCGUAAGCUGAACGGAGUCCGUUUCACCUGCUGCAAAAGUGCCAAAGACCGGACGUCCAUGUCGGUGACGCUGGAGCAGUGCUCCAUCCUGAGGGACGAGCAUCAGCUGCACAAAGACUUCUUCAUUCGGGCACUGGAUUGUAUGAGAAGCAGACAAACCCAGGGAGCACUGAAUGAAUCGGAUGAUCCCGAAACAGGCUGUCUAACUGAUAACAAGCCAACUUCUCGACACUUCUAUCCUGUCGCCUUGCUGCUUGUCAGCUCACACUUGCUGGUUGUGUGGCUUAUUUUAAGUCUUGCUUUGCUCUUAGCCAAAUAUCAAUAA